CAAUGCGACAUUUGUCAGCAUCUGAGAAGUCGAGGAGUGAUUUAGGUGAACGGCUGAAAGUGCAGGCUGAAAACUAGACAAAAGCCCAACACAGCCACACUCCUCGUUCACUUCGCCUGUCUUCGAGUUCUACGCCACACCUCACCUCGCCUCGAUCCCUCAAAAAAAAAUAUCACCUCGCCUCGACGCCGCCGCCGCCGCGCACCCAAAGACUCGCCGGCGGGGACGGGAGCACCUCAAACGGGCUCCCUCGCCGUCGUUCGCUUCUCAUCUGAUUGACCGCCUCUUCUCUCCGCGGCGAUGGCGGACGGCUCCAGGGACAUCAGCAGGCGGCGGAAUCCAGCGGACAAGCUCACCGAAGACCUCCUCGUCGAGAUCCUGUCGCGCGUGCCGUACAGGUCGCUCUGCCGCUUCAAGUGCGUCUCCAAGCGGUGGCGCGGCAUCAUCUCCCACCCCGACCACCGCAAGGCGCUGCCGCAGUACCAUCUCCAGGACCUCGCUGGCUUCCUCUACUCGAGCCGCGGCCCCAGCACUGGCUAUUUCUCAACUGACAAUUUCGCCCAUGUCUCGGCGGGAGGCCGUGCUCCUAUCCGCCCUUCGCUCCCCUUCCUGCCUGACUGUCAUCAGUUCCACCUUCUGGACAGCUGCAACGGCCUACUCCUCUGCCGCCGCUUCAAGACCUUUGGUGCGGGGGCAUUUUAUUACGUGGUGUGCAAUCCUGCCACGGAGAAAUGGGUCGCCUUGCCCGGCAUCUUCAGCAAGAUGCAGACAGCUCGCUUGGGGUUCGACCCGGCCGUCUCCUCGCACUUCCAUGUGUUCCAGUUCGUGGAGGAUGGGGCUGCAGAUGCAAAUGCCAACGAUGAUGACGAUGGUUACGAGUUCGUCAGAGCGGUUGAUAUCUACUCCUCCAAAACCGGGGCCUGGAGUCACAAGGACACCGGUUGGGACUUCCUACCUAGGAUAGUGAGUGAUUCUAGAAGUGUCUUUGUCAAUGGUUUUCUGCAUUUGCUCGCCGUCGAGUCUGCGGUGGUGGCAGUGGAUGUGGAGGGAACUACUUGGAGGGCUAUUCCUAUGCCGGACGAUGAGGACGCCCCCAUAAUAGAUGUUGAUGACGGGUUCAUUGACCUGUCUCGAGGGCGUUUGUAUCUGGCAAAUAGUGAUCAGCACGAUCUUUAUAAACUCUCGAUCUGGGUUCUCGAGGACUACGGCAGUGAAGUGUGGGUCUUGGAACACAGCGUCAGGUAUCUGAAUCUAUUUGGAGUGAAGAAUGUCCGGCUAGGACACGAGUACCAUAUUGUCGCCCUCCACCCACAACGAAACACAAUUUUCCUGGUUUAUGGGCAUGACAAGGUACUGAUGUCUUAUGAAAUGGAUACUGGGAAAGUGCAUUUCAUCCAUGAUCUUGGACAGGGUUCAAUGGAGCCCUAUCUUCCUUAUGUUCCCUUGUACUCAGAGGCAUUGGCAGAUUGGCACUGAUAAUCUGGCUCGCAUUUUGCUGUUCCAUUGUUGACCUUUUAGAUAAUGGCGAAUCAUAGGGCCCAAGUAAUAUCAGCAGCUAUCUGGUUAAUUCUUUCUGAUGUUGCGUUGCUUCUCUUCUGUUGCCGAGUGUACUCUCUAACCUCUUUUUGCACUUUAUGUGGCCAUCUAUUCCAGUUAAUUUAGUGACACUAGCUAUGUGUAUGUUGCCAGCAGCAAAUCCUGGAACAGCAUUUACUGUUUAACUUUGUGGGGGCUGUCAUUAAUUUGUAUCAUGAUUGAGGUUUGUGAUUUCCA